GAGGAGGUAACGCUGAGGGAAGAGGCGGCGGCCGCACAGCACUCGGGGAGACGGAGGAGGAUAAGGAAGGGGAGAGGAGGAAGAAGGAGAGGAAGGAGCGGUGGCUCUCGGCGAAUCCUGGUGACUCCCGGGAUCAGACGGGAAUCUCCAAUUCAUUGCUUGCUGAGUUUCCUGUCUGGUGAAAGUCAUGUCAUCCAUAUUGCCAUUCACUCCACCAGUUGUGAAGAGACUUCUGGGGUGGAAAAAAUCUGCUGGUGGUACUGCAGGGGCUGGUGGUAGUGAGCAGAAUGGUCAGGAGGAAAAGUGGUGUGAGAAAGCAGUGAAAAGCUUAGUCAAGAAGCUAAAGAAAACAGGACAGCUGGAUGAACUUGAGAAGGCAAUUACCACUCAGAAUUGCAAUACAAAAUGUGUGACAAUACCAAGCACUUGCUCUGAAAUUUGGGGACUGAGUACACCAAACACGAUAGAUCAGUGGGAUACAACAGGCCUUUACAGCUUCUCUGAACAAACCAGAUCUCUCGAUGGCCGUCUGCAGGUGUCUCACCGCAAGGGAUUGCCACAUGUCAUUUACUGCCGCCUCUGGCGCUGGCCAGACCUUCAUAGCCACCAUGAACUUAAGGCAAUUGAAAACUGUGAAUAUGCUUUUAAUCUUAAAAAGGAUGAAGUAUGUGUAAACCCUUACCACUACCAGAGAGUGGAGACACCAGUCUUGCCUCCCGUGCUCGUGCCGCGGCACACUGAGAUCCUAACGGAGCUGCCACCUCUGGAUGACUAUACCCAUUCCAUUCCUGAGAACACUAACUUUCCAGCUGGGAUUGAACCACAGAGCAACUACAUACCAGAAACACCUCCUCCAGGAUAUAUCAGUGAAGAUGGAGAAACAAGUGACCAGCAGCUGAACCAAAGCAUGGAUACAGGGACACCUUCCACUACCCCAGGUUGCUCCCCGCACUGUCCAGCCUGGCCUUGGACACUUCCAGGAUCUCCAGCAGAGCUGUCUCCUAGUACUCUCUCUCCAGUUAAUCAUAGCCUGGACUUGCAACCAGUUACUUACUCGGAGCCUGCGUUUUGGUGUUCAAUAGCAUAUUAUGAAUUGAAUCAAAGAGUGGGAGAAACCUUCCAUGCGUCUCAGCCUUCCCUGACUGUAGAUGGCUUUACAGAUCCAUCAAAUUCAGAGCGAUUUUGUCUAGGUCUGCUUUCCAAUGUAAACAGAAAUGCUACAGUGGAAAUGACAAGGCGACAUAUAGGCAGGGGAGUGCGUCUGUAUUACAUUGGCGGAGAAGUUUUUGCCGAGUGCCUGAGUGAUAGCGCGAUCUUUGUUCAGAGCCCCAACUGUAAUCAAAGAUACGGCUGGCAUCCUGCAACUGUGUGCAAAAUUCCUCCAGGAUGCAAUCUAAAAAUCUUUAAUAACCAAGAAUUUGCUGCUCUUCUGGCUCAAUCUGUGAAUCAGGGCUUUGAAGCAGUUUAUCAGCUUACUAGAAUGUGUACCAUAAGAAUGAGCUUUGUUAAAGGAUGGGGGGCUGAAUACAGGCGGCAGACAGUAACAAGCACUCCUUGCUGGAUUGAGCUUCACCUGAACGGGCCUCUACAGUGGCUGGACAAAGUAUUGACUCAGAUGGGCUCCCCUUCAGUUCGCUGCUCCAGCAUGUCCUAAAACUCUCCUCUCUCACCAGUGGGCUAAUAAUAGAGUCCAGUCAACAGACUUAAUAUAACAGCUCGUCUGUCGUAGUAUUUGUGUGUGGUCCCCAUGAACUGUUUACUAUCUAAAAAGGUUUUUUAAAAA